AUGAAAUUAGAUCACUAUUUGAUUGAUGUGGUUGGCCGAAAAAUAGGAACGAUUUUAACCGCUCUCUGUGAAGUGGCAACGACGCUCGUGGACGUUAUAGUGAACAGUUCAGAAAUUGUGGAUUUACCGCCUCGUUUUGAAGCACACGACUACAAUUUUGCAAUUUACGAAAAUGCAGAACCACAAACUAUUACCGUAUUACAUGCUUUUCAUCCACUUGCAGACGACGAUCAUCCGAUAGUAUACGACAUUUUGGAUGAUCCUGUCAAUCUGAAUCUAAAAUCUGAAUACUUCUCAGUUGAUAGUUCAACUGGAGAGUUACGCUCACUGCAACCAUUCGAUUACGAGCAGAAACAAUUCUAUCGAUUUGAGGUGUCAGCAUGUCUUCAAGGUAAUAAAACGUCGUGUGGUUCGUGUAAAGUGACGGUAUCAAUCAACGAUGAAAAUGACAAUAGUCCUCAGUUUCAACAACCCUCUUAUUCNGUUGAUCUUUCAAUUGAUACUCCUGUUGGCACCGAGGUUGCUCGUUUCAUUGCAACUGAUGCAGAUUCGGGAAACAACGCUGAUAUAAGUUAUGCUCUGAAGACACCCUCUGGUUAG